GUAUGGACCGUCGCAUAACCUUGUUGAUUGUUGUGUUUACCUGCUGAGCAAUUUGAACGUGUAUUAUUUUGUUUGUGAUAACAACCAGUGAAAUAGUUUUUUCUUUGAUUUACACGUAAAAUUGAACAGCUAGAGUACAAAGUAGUAGUAGUUUGAAAAAAGCUCAACAGUAUUCCAAAAACUAAACGAUGCCGUCCAAAACAUACUCCUCGGUGGAGUGUUUGCUUAUACUCCUGUUAACCUCAACCUUUGCCGGGUUUUUCGGUAUGGGAAAGGGCACAUUCUCAACGCUCGUUGGCGCGAAAGAUGUUGAGAAAGUGCCGGAACUUGAUCUGACCAAAAUUAUCAACGAGAAUGUUUAUUCCAAGAUAUUUGUGCGAAAGCGUGAGGAACACAAACUGCUGGUAAAUCAUCUACAAUCCAUCGACGAUUAUGGGAAGCGGUACAAGAUGAUGAAAAUAGGACUCGAUGAAGUCAUAAGGAUAAUCCGAGAAGAAGGCGGUAAACUGCGCGGGAACAAAAUUACUGCUGAAUCUGAGUUUCCAAAGCUACAGGAGCUGAUCAAUGCGCUCGCACUCUUCCUCGAGAACACGUGUCUGUUCGGUGAGAUGGUUUUACACUUUCCCGACAUGUCCUACCGCAUACUGAAGGGCGUUUCCGAUUGGCGCACACUGAUGACGGACGCACUUAACUACACCAAAGCGUUUGUACAGAUUUUGGAUGAAAAAUCCAUCGAAUUGUUGAGCUUGCUGAAUCAGGAGAUCAACGAAGACCAGCGGACGCCAGAGUACGUUAAUCCGUACCGGGAAACAGCUCCUCAAUCGACCGAAAAGCAAAAGGACAAGCCGAAGAAAAAGUCGAAACCGAAGAAAGGACCAUCACUGUCACCAACUAAAACAGAGCUAUAACAACACGCACACAGGCCAUUCCGGUUGUAGAAAAUGAUUUCGUUCACUUAAAUAUACGCUUAAGAAGAAUUUA